AUGAAAGAAAGGAAUUUGUUAAAAGAAUCUAGGUUGGAAUCUAACCUCAUUAAGGAUAAAUUGGGGCCAAGUAAGGAUUACCAGCAUGAUUCUAACACAAGUUGCAGUAGUGAUGGUGGAAGUUUUUCCAGCUUUAGUACAACCUAUACUUCAAAUCUCAACAACAGCAAUAGCUCGGGGGAUAUUUUAGGGAAUCGGUGUUCCAAAAGAAAAGGCUCAAAGAAUAAAAAUCCCAGUAAAUCGUCUACAAAGUUAGAUUACAUUUAUAAAGCCAUUAGUGAGCUCUAUGAAGAGGAAAUCGUUCCCAGCGUUCACGAGAUAAGACGCAAACUGAGCAAAAAUGAAGGACCUUGUAUGAACGGUCAGAAACUAUUAAAGCUUUGCUCCAGUGACGAAAAGUUCAAAAUCGUAAGGAUGAAAGAUCCUGGUCCUAAUUCCAGGGACAUUCCAAACGAAUGGGCGAUUUUGAUCAGAAGCAGACCAUUUAAGCACUUCAACAAAGUUGUCGACGAAAAUCUUGUUAGGGUUGCAUCGGAUUACCUAGCCUUCGUAUCAUCCUACCUUUAUUAUAUGUUAUCGGAGCCAAAUGAGAAUAAAAAACUCAACAAUAUGAAUUUUGACUGCAGAAUCAAGAAUGCUUAUGACAAAUUAACUGAGCUUGAGGUGACAAUCAUCCCAGUUGAAGACAUAUUUAAUAUUGGUGGCAGGUAUGUGUUUGCUGAGCACUUGAAGAAGAAUGGGCCGAAGGAGUUUAGGAAUUUAUCCUUGGGUACCAUUGUGAAUGUUGUUCAGAAACUGAACGAAAUGGGCUUGUUGGUCUAUAGGGGGAAUUGUCUUGUGCCUGUGGUAACCUCUAAGAUGGCUGCAAACAAAUUCAACAACGCCGUGAACAAAAUGAACCAAGAAGAACUGUCUAAGAUAAGAAGGGACUUGUUGAGCCUUUUUAACGUUGAGUCAAAAAUUCCUCUUAGUUCCCUACCGUUGUUAUACAGACGUGUACACGGUGUUGAGCUCAGGUAUCGUGAUUUGGGGUAUGAUAAGUUGUCGGAUUUUAUAAAAAACGAGGUUCCAAUGUGUAGAAUAACAAUUCAUUCUAACCAGUAUGUCGCAACCAUCUGUUCUGACGAAGAAGACGCUUCUACUCUUGACAAUUCAUCUAAUAAAUCCACAGAUGACAUCAAAAGCAAUUUCAGCCAUUUUUGCACAUCGCCAAAUUGCUUUAACACUCCCUUCACAACUGUGUUGUAUCCUCUUAAAAUCACUCGCUUUUAA